GUCUUUAUGUGAAAGGGCUGAAAAUUUGUCAUUGAAAGAAAUAGACAAUUCUCACUAUUAAUUUGUGCUAAGUAUUUGAGUAUUUAGAUUUAGAAAAAGAUUUGAGUAUUUAAAAUAUUGUUUAUUUUGUUAAAAAUAAAAUAACCGAUAACACGAAAGUUAAGAAUUUAAUAUUGAAUCAAACAAACGCGUCGAAAGUAGUCAGGCAAGCAGCAACACAGAGUCGCAGUCGAGUUAUAGCAACGAAAGUAACGACGGGAGCGGCAAGAGCAACGGCAACAGUGACGAAAAUAAAGAAAAGUGGACAUCAAGGAAAUUAAAAAAUUUCUAAAAAUAUUUGCAAUUAUUUAAAUCGGUGUACAAUUCAAAGUUAAAAAUGGUCCUUAAGGUUUAUGUAAGCGGAAUGUCCGGCAAUAAAGAGGUCAAAAAACGCCAGCAACGCGUUUUGAUGAUUUUGGACAGCAAGAAUAUCAAGUACGACAUUGUGGACAUAACGGAACCAGGGAAAGAAAGCGAAAAAGAGUUGAUGCAAACAAAGUCGACCAGCAAUGGUGCCACAGUAAGUGACCCAGAGCCAAGACAUCCACUGCCACCACAAAUAUUCAACCAGGAAGAAUAUUGUGGGGAUUAUGAUGCCUUCGAUUUGGCCAAUGAAAUAGAUACAUUAGAGCAGUUCUUGAAGCUGGCACCGGCCGAUACCACAGCUGUUUCUAGUGCUCAGCUGGAGUUGAAGCAGGAAAAUGGAGAAGUAAAAGCAUCAGAUGAUGAGAACAAAGAAAAUGUCGAAGAGAAACCUGAAAGUGAAGAGGUCGGCAAAACGGCUGACGACAGUCAAGCCGCUGCCGAUGCUGGGGAGAGUGCAAACGGUGAUGGCGAGACCAAGAAUGCUGAGAAUGAAACGCAGGAGGAACAAAAUGAAGAAAAGAAAGACGAAACUGAAACGGCCGAAGCCGAUACAGAAGAGGACAAAUCCAUAGCAGAGACUGUUAAAGAAGAAGUGGCUGAAGAGCAGUCAAAGAGUGACGAUACAAAACCAAAUAAUGCAGAAGGCGAUCCGACCGAGACGCAAAAAGCGGAAACUAAACCCGACGACGAAGAAAAGAGCGUAAAAGUAGGAGACAGCGAAAAUGCCGAAGACACAGCAGAAACGGAAGUAGCGAAAGAUAAAUCCAAUGAGGAAACGGAAGAUAAAACGGAGAGUAAACCGGAACCCGAAGACAAUGCAAAGGAGGAAACGGCGAAAAAAGAAAGUGUCAUAGAAGCAGAAACAUCGGCGGUGGAAACAGAUUCUUUGAAAGAAUAUACAGAGGAAGACAUUCAAAAAGAUGAAACCGCAAAAUUAGAAACGGAGAACCAAGAUACCAGUAAUGACAAAGACGAAGAAGCUGAAAAAGAAGCAGAAAAUUCUGAAGCAAAUGAGAAGGAUGUUGUGGAUGAAAGUAAAAAAGAAAUCGAUGAAACGGACGAAACCGGCAACGAUGAUGCACAGAUUGUUGGUGAUGAAAAUGAAGUAGCUGAAAAAGAGAGUGAAAAAACAACAGCAGAUGUAAGGGAAAAUGUAGAAUCCUAUAACGAUGAUAAUGAGAAUGCAAGCGAAGAAAACGUGACGAGCGAAGAAGAAGAUGAUGAUGAAGAAGAAUCAAGCUCAUCGGAAAAAGUUAUUGAUAAGGCAGAAGAUACCGCAGAAAAUAAAGAUGACAUUAAGGAAGAGAUUGCUACCAACGAUCACGAUGAUAUUGAAUACAUAAAAUUGUGGACAAUGAAAGGCUCACACAAUCUACACCGCAUAGGAAUGUCACCCAUGCCAAAGUGGAAGACUUACUUGAUAGCGAGAAGCGUGCAGCGGCGAAUUAAACCAAUGCACUGUAAUACAUACAUAUAUACAUUCAUCAGUCAAUAAAUAUUGAGUUUUAAGUUGAAAAAA